AUGACAUCCCAAGCCUCACCAUCCUCCUCAUCCUCCUCCUCCGCUCCCUCCUCCUCUUCAGUCCCCCACCCCGAGCAGUCCUCAUCAUCGCCCUACCCCUUCGCCGCGGCGCCCGACAUCAUCCGCGCCCACCAAAAGGACGCCUACUUCACGGGCGUGCUGACCAACACCCUCGCCGAUCUCCACCGGCGCCUCCUCGGCGCCCGCUCCGCGCACGCCUGGGCCCCCGAGACCCGCACCGCCGCCGACGCCCUCUACCUCUGCCUGACGACGCUGCUCGGCAACCGCACCCUCGGCGAGGAGUACUGCGACCUAGUCCAGGUCCACGACGCCCGCUCCUCCUCCUCCCCCUCAGCAAACAGCGGGCCCGUCCUGCCCUCCCUCGCCCGCCGCGCCUCCUACAUCGCCUCCGCCGUCCUCCUCCCCCACCUCGCAGGCCGGCUCCUCCCGUCCCUCCGCGCCCGCCUCCGCGCCGCCCUCGAGGGCCGGCUCGCCGACCUCGCCCGGAGGGGGAAAUCCGCGAGCCCGACGUACCGCGCGGCGCGCUACCUCGCCGCCCACCUCUCGACCCUGACCUCGGGCGCGCCCUUCCACGCCGUCGCCCUCGCCGUCUUCUACUUCUCGGGCGCCUACUACUCCCUCGCCAAGCGCGCCACGGGCCUGCGCUACGUCUUCACCCGCCGCGUCGACCCCGAGGCCGGCGGCCGCGCCGGCUACGAGGUCCUCGGCGUGCUGCUCGUCUUCCAGCUCGCCGUGCAGGCCUACAUGCACGUCCGCGCCGUCGCCGCCUCCUCCUCCGACCCGUCCUCGUCCUCGUCGUCAGAGCGCGUCGCCGAGGUCGAGGCCGCCGUGCGCGAGCGCCUCUCCCGCGACAGGCGGCCCGUCGAGGUCUCCCUCGACCACGAGCACUCGUACCUCUCCAACAACGACCUGCUGCUCGACAACGCCACCGCACAACAGUCGGGCAGCACGAGCAGGCUCGACGUCGCGGCCGUCACGCACACGCCCGUGCCGCCCGGCGGCCGCGCGCGCUACGACCUCGCCUCCGCCGCCGUGAUGCGCUGGGUCAAGGGCUCGUCGCAGCGCAAGUGCACGCUGUGCCUCGAGCCCCUGCGCGACCCGGCCGCCACGCAGUGCGGCCACGUCUUCUGCUGGGUCUGCAUCGGCGACUGGGUGCGCGAGAAGCCCGAGUGCCCGCUGUGCCGGCGCGAGGCGCUGGUGCAGCACAUACUGCCGCUGAGGGCGGCCGGGUGA